AUGGCGGACACUCGACCAAUCUUCUUCUUUGACAUAGACAAUUGCGUGGGUAUCUUCUUUUGGAUUCCAGAAUCGAUCCAGACUGACUUCGCUCUCACCAGCUCUACUCAAGAAGUCCGAACACCCCUAUCCAACCCCGCGCUGCGCGAACGCUUCGCCGGAAUCACAACUAACCGGGCAUUUCGCGCAGAAAGCAACAUCCACGAUGAAAUGCAAAAGCUGAUCCACGAGUUUUUCGUGAACCACCUCUCCCUGAGCUCAGAAGAUGCCCACAUGCUGCACAUGAAAUACUACCGAGAAUACGGUCUGGCUAUUGAAGGUCUUACGCGCCACCACAAGAUCGACGCGCUCGAGUUCAACCGCCUCGUCGACGACGCCCUCCCACUAGAUGACAUCCUCAAGCCGGACCCCAAACUGCGCCAGCUCCUAGAAGACAUCGACCGAGACAAGGUUAAGCUUUGGCUCUUGACAAAUGCAUACGUGAACCACGGCAAACGGGUGGUGAAACUGCUAGAGGUGGAUGAUCUGUUCGAGGGUAUCACGUACUGCGAUUAUGCAAACCCGCCGCUUAUUUGCAAGCCAUCGCAGAUGAUGUAUGAUAAGGCGGAAAGGGAUGCUUGUGCGACGGAUAAGACCCAGUGUUACUUUGUUGAUGACUCUGGCCUGAACUGCAAGGCUGCUGCGGCUCGAGGAUGGCAGGUUGCGCACAUCGUUGAGCCGGAGCUUCCUGUGCCAAAGGCUCCGGCCUCUCAGUUCCAGAUCCGGAGCCUGGAGGAGUUACGGACAUGCUUCCCUCAGCUGUUCAAGAAAUCCUGA